CUUGAGGUGGCAAUACCAUCCCGCACAGAGAACGCUCUCUCACCCGACAAAUAUUUGAUUAUUUAUCUUUUUUUUAAGUAAACUAUGUAAUCGUUUAGUGAAAUGUGUUAUGUACAGCUUCAUUGUGAGAUGUUAAGCGAGUGAUGUGAUGGCUGUUCUCAAGGCAUCUUCAGCCUGACAGCCUUGACCCUCUUGUUUUUGACAUGGAACUAGUGUGUGUACCACCCAACAGAGGGAACACAGUAGCAAUGGUAGUGAGGACAACACUGGUAUUGGUGGCAGUGGCUGUGUUGGCAGGACUCCCAGUGACACGUGGACAGAAUCUCACCCUUCAAAAUGAACUUUUGCCAAACCCAAACGGACAACACAAUGAAAAGACAAACGUAUCCCAUAGACAAGGUUACGAAGCAAAGUACUUCAAAUGCCGAUGUGAGGGAAAUCAGGCGAUAAACGGUUCUGAAUGCGUAGAUAUACAAACCAAAGUGUUAGUGAGGAACCCUGACACAGGCCUCAUUCAAGUGUCCUUGACGGAUGACUUUGUCGGAGUAACGGUGGGAAGUGUAAACUGUUUUGGAGAUUAUGUGCAAAUGGACUUAGAUUUUAAAAGUGAUCCAGCACACCAAUUCACUCUCCUUCCAAAGGGAACUUUACUGUGGCACCAGCGAGAAUAUGAACACUACUGCAUCGACCACGUACUCAACGCUGAAGGGGUCGUCAUCCCUUCCGAGGCUCGUGUGUGUGUCCCGCCGCCAGCAGUGCCCCGCUGCUGCCUUGGAAGUCAAGAUGGUUCCGGUUCCCUCCCCUGUGGUGAUGAUAAUUCUGAACACCGUUUCUCGCCUCACAUCAUGAUGGACAAAACGUUUGUAAAAUGGUCCGAGAUAACAACUGUACCUGGGCGAAAGUGUACGCAACACGAGAAAGAGAUCAGCAUCCCUCUUAACGUAGGCAAAGGCCACCUCUCCUACGAAUCAGGUGCAGUAUCUAUAGUUUGGACAACGCCUUACUUUUUCAAGGAAACACAGCAGGAAGGAUUCUGUGUGCGGCGUGAGGAAGGGGACACCUACGUGGCCACCAUCUGUCACGAGGACCAGGAAGCUGUUCAUCAAAACUCGUGUGGAGACGUGAUCUGUGUGCGAAAGUGUUGUCCCGAUGGACAAGUUCAUUCUCAAGGAACAGACUGUCUCCCUGCGGAACAUGAAGGCCAACUCUGGAAACCAAACUUUGUUGAUACAAAUCUGACCAAUGUCACGCACUCCGGAAACUUGACCGUCUUGCAUGGAUGGCCCCAAUGUUCUCUCUAUUUGGCUGACCCUUCAAUAAACAAGGACGACAAAUUUUACCUUAUGGAAAAUGGAGAUUUGUUCAGUCCCUCCAGUAAUCAUCGCGAUCCACCCACCAGUUACUGUGUCGACAACUUCUUAAUCGACGACGACAAGUUCGUCACGAAAGCACUCAUAUGCUUUGAUGAGGUGAAUAUGCAUGCAGAACCCGUGUGCACUAACGCCAAACACACCAUAUACCCUGUACUCUUGCUGGUGUCAACGGCAUUCUUAGGCAUCACUCUAAUCAUCUACCUCAGCGUGCCAGACUUGCGGGGCAAAUUACACGGUCGUUGCCUCAUCUCCCUCGCCUUCGCUUUCUUCGUGGCCUUCUUAUUGAUGUCCAUUUCUUACCUGACCAACACACCGCAGUCGCCAGGUGUCUGUACUACUAUAGCCUUCUUCAAGCACAUGAGUCUGCUCGCCGCUUUCUUCUGGCUCAACGUCAUGUGCUUCGAUAUCUGGAGGACUCUCAGAAAAACACGAACGGUAGCGGCGGGGCGGCAGAGUCUGUACCGCUUUCUGUGGUACUCCCUGUACGCGUGGGGCAGCGCGCUGGUUAUCGCGCUGGUGGCUGCGGUGUUGGAGCAGCAGCCACUCGACUCAGGCAUUAUCAGACCAAGCUUGGACAACAUUUUCUGCUGGUUCGCAGUCGGCACGUCGCUCUGGAUCUACUUCUACGCGUGGGUGUCCCUGGUGCUGGUGACAAACAUGGUCUUCUUCGCGCUGGUGAUGGUCAUUCUGAUCAAGGGACAAAGAAACUCGUUGCUCAGGCGAAGUCGUGAAAUGAAUCGAGAAAGGAUGUGGCUGUACGUGAAGCUGUUCCUGGUGAUGGGUGUGACGUGGAUUGCAGAGGUGGUGUCCUAUCAGCACGGCAGGUGUAUCGAAUGGAUGGUCAUGGACAUCAUCAACACACUAGAAGGUUUUACACUCUUCUUGGUCUUCAUUCUCAACCGAACCACGUUACGCAAGAUCCGCGAGAGAUGGGGCUGUGGUGUUACCCCCAAUCCUCUUUCCCCAAACACCACGUUCACAUCGAGCUUCUCCAGCACCUCCUCCUUCCACAGCAAGAAGCUGGGCAGCAUCAUGUCCAACCAUGGCAAUUCAAAGUACAUAAGCAACACUUCGAACUCUGGAGCCAUGGAAAUGAGAUCCAGAUACCCCCUGAACACCUUGAGCGAGGCGCCGGAGGAGUCAACCCAAGCUGAGUCUGCAGGAUAUGAGUCAAACACAGAGGGUGGAGAAACUUCGUGCCUCAACAAGGGCAACGAAGAGAUGCCGGCCAUCUAGACAAAGAGUGGCAGUGCUUGGGAACAGCUUUUCUUAGGUGUAUGACAUUUAAUUCGAAUGCGCUUCCUCCUCCUCCUCAUACUACAACUAACAAUACGUUUUUCUUACUGUUUCUGCUGCUCCUCGCCCUCAUCCUGCUACACUUUUAUUCCAUUCGAUAUAGAAUUUCAGAUAGUCUUAAAAGUGAUAAGAAUCGGUUAUACUGUUGAUGAAUGUCAUAAACGUUAUUAGAAUAAGUGAUAAUUGUCAUGAAAAAAAAAAAAAUGUGUUCCGGCAGGGAAUAAAUAGAAAAUAGACGAAUGACGUGUAAUUUAAGUGGAGGUCUGUAUUUCUCCCUCCCUUCAGUGCUUUACUUGCAAAUAUAACCCAGAAAGCAA